UGAAAGCAAGUUUAAACAGGGGGGCGGGAUAAACUCAGUUUGAAAUUUUUACUGCAACAGUCAGGACUCGGGAGGUGACGUCUGAUCAGAUUUAUUAGAAUUUAAUUACGGCACUGUACCUAGCUAGCUAUGGCCUCUCAGAAUAUGGAUCCCGCAGCAGCCUCAUCAACAACCUCUCGGAAAGGCAACGAAACCGGUGGCAGUGCGGCCAAGGGCUCCGUCUCCAAGAGACUUCAACAAGAACUGAUGACACUUAUGAUGUCCGGAGACAAGGGAAUAUCUGCCUUUCCAGAAUCAGACAAUCUUUUCAAGUGGAUCGGAACAAUACAUGGCGCUCCAGCAACGGUAUAUGAAGGCUUGAGGUACAAGCUGUCACUGGAGUUUCCCAGUGGCUACCCAUACAAAGCCCCUCGGGUGAAGUUCAUCACCCCCUGUUUCCACCCUAACGUGGACGAGCAAGGCUUUAUCUGUCUGGACAUCUUGAAAGACAAGUGGUCAGCCCUGUAUGAUGUGCGCUCCAUCCUCCUCUCCAUCCAAAGUUUACUAGGAGAGCCCAAUAAUGAGAGUCCAUUAAAUGCUGGUGCAGCUGAGCUUUGGGACAACCAAGAAGCCUUCAAAGCCCAUUUGCACUCAACCUUCAAGAACUGAGCUGCCCCACAGCCACACUUUCUUUCUUCUGUUAUCUGUCAAACUCUUUCUCUCUGUGGUGUCAGCUUCUAAUUAUGUAUAUUUGAAUACUGGGUAUGUGUAUGUACAGUAUUUACAUGUUUGUAUGAGAUGUGUGAAUAAAGAUUUUAAUGUUGAUACAAUCA